AUGAGUUCAAUAAAAAAUCAUUUGAUCGAACAAAAUCCUGAAGAUGAUUUAAAAUCUGAGUCUACCAUUCAAAUUAAAUUUAAUGAAUCUAUUGUACAAAAACUUGCAACAACAUAUGAUAAUAAUAUGAAUUCGUCAUCAUCGUUUCAACGGUAUUUUUCACGAAAAAGAUCUGCAUCUAGAGAAAUUCAACGAUUGUCCAAUGAACAAGAGAUUAUGAAUAAAAAACAACGAAAUCAACAAGUGAUACCUUUAUCAGAAUCAAAUGAUUCACAGCAUACUCAAAGACAUUUACAAACGAGAAAAGAAUUUAUCGACAAAAACUCUGUUAGCAUUCAAAAUAUUUGUGAAAAUCAUGUAGAAUGGUUUAAAGGUUUUAUGCAACAAUCUUUGGAUAUCAUCCGUGAUACUGUUUUACAAGCUUGUGUAACAGCUAUGUCUACUCGAUCACUAAACCCGUUCCAUUCAAACAUAACUACUAGAGAUAUCAAUGUAAAUAAUAAUCCAGCUCGUCUUAUUCAAAGUGAACAUUCUCUAACAUCGCAAAAGAUAAUGAAUCAUUGGCAAAAUCAUCCAAACACAAUCCCAUCUGUGAUUCAACAAAAGAAUAAUCGAUUAUUACCUCAUCAUAUAUUAUAUAAUGCGGAUGAUGAUGAUAUUAAUGAAAAACAACGAAUUCAUCAUCGAACUCGAACAAGUCCUUAUCCAAUGUAUAAAAAUGUAUUACGAAUAUUAGUUAAUGAUAGUCAAGUGCCAUGGUCUUAUGAAUGGCCACAAUACAAACCGACGAUAUUUACUGGCGAAGAAAUCUAUGUCAAUCCGGGUGCAGAUCCUGAUCUACUGAAAUCCUCAUCGUCAUCGAUUUCUCUUCAUUUCAAUGCAAUCGAUGGUGCUGUUGAUCGUCGUAGUGUCUAUCAAUAUUAUGAUGUACGAGAAGAUGAUGGUCUUCCACUUAAUCCAAUAGGUCGUACGGGUUUACAAGGACGCGGUGUUCUUCUUCGAUGGGGUCCAAAUAUAUAUCAUUAUGUAAUAAUAUGUCGAUGGAAACGAGAUAUACAUGAAAAUAUUCUUGUACAUCCAUCCAACGGAAAAAAGAUUCUCGAAAUUCUUUUAGAAAUACAAACUGACAGUUAUGAAACACGCGGCUAUAUAUUAACAGGUGGCUUACAUAUGCUCUGUAGUCGGUUUCCACCGCAGUUACAAGAUCGUUUAAAACGUUUUAUUAUUCAUACAGGUAUAAUACUAAAUGAUAGAAAAAAAAUGUCAUUAUCUCUUGCUGCAUUAAAUUAUUUAUUUGAACAAAAGCCCAUACCAUGGAAAGGUGCUUAUUUUGAUGAUGCUCGCAAUACAGAUAAUGCUUGGAUUGAAUUAUCAAUUGAAUAUUUAUUUGAUUAUGAUCAUCGACUAACAUCGUGUAUACCAUGUCUUCAUCAUGAACAACUUGAACGUCUUGAACAGCCACGCUUCGUAUGGAAAGAUGUAGGAAAUACAAUUGAUGUUGGGCCAAGAACUCAUUAUCGUCUUAUAAAACAUUUAGCUUGCAAACUCGAUGCAUAUUUUUAA